AUGGAGAAUCCAAACGAGUCAGAUGUUCCGAGUGGCCUGGAUCGGCCAUCUCCGGAGGAGCAGUUGUUGAGUGGUGCCGGGACGGCGAGUCAGGCAUUUGAGCCCGAUUAUCGUCUGCCUGGAGAAAUGGGACUAGAUGCAGAAGCGAGGGAGCUACUGAAUGAAGAACGUUCAGAGGGGUCGGAGGAAACAGCGAGGCAAUCAGCUAGCUCGCGUGAUCCGGCUGAUGUGGGUUCUCUUGCGGGGCCGGUGGUAGCUCGAGUGGGAGAAGCGGGUCCAACGUCUGCGCCCGCUCGUAUGCCAUCUGGCAGUGGGGGUAUGCGCAUGGAAGUGGACGAUGUAGAGCUGAUUCCGGAUUAUUCGCAGCUUCCGGAGCACCCAGCUGUUCCUUCUUCCUGGACUGGUCGUGUAGCGCCGUCUCAUGAGGCCACGGGCAGUGGAUCAGGUCCUUUGGAUUCGCUGUCUGGCAUGCUUCAGGGCUUGUUGGCCGAACAGUUGGCACCGGUGAUUCAGAACCAGAGACUGCUUGCAGAAAGGUUGGAGCGGAUCGAAAGUUCCAGGGGAUCAAUGUCUCAAGACUCGGUGAGAGCAGAGCCACGACUUACUGCUGCGCCGCCUGGAAUUUUUCCCUCGGACGCUGGAUUGGGCAGUGGUGUCAUGGGUGCUUGUAGUGGUGCAAUGGGCUUUGGGACAGCAGCCUCAGGAUUUGGAGGAGGACUGUCAUCAGAAAUGGUGGCCGAACUGAAUCGGCAGCAGCAAUCAAAUCCGAUCGGCAGUACCGGCAGGGCUGACGUGGGUGUAGCGACUUUGGGUGCGGAAGGGGGCAUGGGUGCGGGUGGGAUUGAGGGGUCGUCCAAGCACGAGUCCGGUACGGGGAUCGUCUGUCCAAGGAGGGAUGCGCUCUAUGUCUCACCGCGGGUACCCGAUCUCACCAGGCGGAACGGAGUCAGUGAGCGCGCUGAGGAUGUCAGGGUGUCAGUUUCAGAGUUGCCAAAGCUGGAAAUCAAGGAACAUGAAAGGGACUUGGCUCCUCUUCUGUCGGGGGAUUGGCUGGCGAUGAUUAGCCCUGCCAUGAAGGAUAUUUCGUCCACGAGCAGCAUAUGGUGGUCCCAGGUUGUGGAUGCAGCAACUUCUUACUAUCAGCACUGGUUGAUGUGUGACCCAGUAGCUCGGCUUUCAUUGCAACCUUCGCAACCAUAUCGUUUUGAACACACCAAGUAUGCACGUGUUGAGCAGAGAGCUUUGACGAUGCUGUUGCGUGCCGUGCCUACAGUAAUCAAGGAAGAGUUGGUUGCAAAUCGGAAGUUGUCCUGCAUCGAGCUCUUAGCCUUGGUUCACACAACCUACCAACCAGGUGGGCUGAAGGAACGGUCUGCGUUGUUGCGCUAUCUCACGAACCCUGACGGUUGCACGGAACCAGUAGCCGCACUUCGCAGCAUUAAACGGUGGUCACGGUGGAAGCACAGAGCAGCAGAACUGCACAUCUCUACUCCUGAUCCUACCUUACUGUUAGGAGGUGUGGACAUGAUGGUGUCCAAGGCGUUGGCGUUGUACCCGGAAUCACAAUUUAGGAUUUCGUCCUACCGAUUCGCGAAGAGCAUAGAUCACCAGCCUACUGAGGCCAAGGUUGUGGAGUUGGUGAGGUUCGUUCAGGGUGAACUUGAGACCUUGGUGGCUUCAGGUACAGUUCGAUCUAAGACGAAGCCGGACGGGGAUGCAGAUGCCGGUAAGCGUUUGAGGAUUGCGAAGGUUGAGGACAACGAUGCCAAGGGGAAGGGUAAAUCUAGAGAUGAUGCUCCGAAGGGCGCUGAGGGCAAGGGUAAGGCGAUUUGCAAACAUUGGAGAACCGACAAGGGUUGCAGGUUCGCUAAGGCCUGUAAGUUUGCUCAUGAGCCAUUGCACCCUUCCGAGAAGCGUUGCUUUGCUUGCUCAGCGCUCAAUCAUAUGCGAUCGGAAUGCCCUUAUGAGCCUAAGGACGGACGUGCUUCAGAGAAUCCGAAAGGAAAAGGAAAGGGAGGUGAAACGGUAGCAAAGGCUAGCGCUCAGGCCUCGGCUCCUGCUUCCAACAAUCCCAUGCCACCUAGUCAGUCAACUAGCCAGGCCCCCGCCACGGACUCUGAAGACAUUCUCAAGAAAGCCGCAGCCAUGAUUGAGACCCUGCAGACCUCCAUAAAAACUGUAGGUGACGGCUACGGAGGUAGGCCAGGUAGCAAUGAGCCCACGGGCCUGAUAGACUCAGGUGCGUCUGCUUGUAUGCGCGCCAAGGUAGAUGGAGAUGUCGUUGUUGGGGUUCGGGUGGUGUCGCUUGCUCAGGGUGAGGCCGAAGUUGAGGUCAAUCAGGCGGGUACGCUGUUGACAUCACAACAGAUUGAACCGAUAGUCUCGGCCAGACACUUAAUCAAGUGCGGUUUCAAGAUCACUUGGUCCCGGAGGGCAUUCUUGCUCCUUGAUCCUCAAGGUGUUGCUGUCCCUGCGGUCAUCCAAGCUGGUUGCCCCCGGGUCACGCGUUCGGUUGCGCUAGCUCUCAUUGAUUUCAUUGAGAAAACAUCCUUAGAGGAAGGGGCAGCUGUUGCAGAAUCGGUGAGGGUUGCUCGAGCUUCGUGUGCCGAUCAGACUGCCGCUUGGACGAUAGGAAUGGAGAAGCUAAGGGAUGGUUGUCAGGAGGGUGAUCUAGUCAAGGCUCAAGCGUGGCAUCGGAUUACGCUGCAGUCACUGUUUCCUGAGGUUCCCGGUGAUUUGGUUGAUAGCACCUCCUGGUUGGUUCCUUCAGAAGGGGUAAAAGGGGUGUUGAAUCGCCGAAGGAGAAGAUCAGUUGAACAAUCUCAGGGGGUGAUCCUUCACCUGUUCUGUGGGAGUGCUCGAAGGGCGUUUGACUCAGUGGCCAGUAGAUUCGGGCUGAGCGUCUUGCCGAUAGACGUUGAGGAAGACCUGUUGAAUCCUGCCGUGUACUCCUACAUCUUAUCACUCGCGUUGUCCGGUAGGUUGGUGGCGGUGUUGUCAGGACUUCCGUGUCGUACACGGAGUGUGAUGCGAGGUCAUGGGAGUGGUCCUCCCGUGGUGAGGUCAAGGGAAGGUGAGGGCAGAUGGGGACUUCCUGAACUUCCGCAAGCAGAGUUAGACAAGGUCCAGGCUGACGAUGAAUUGUGGAUCAAGCAGCUAUUUGUGAGUAUGGCCGCACAGUGGGGUCUGAAUCAGACUAGUGAGGGUUUGAGGUUGGGGUAUGUCCUUGAGAAUCCCAGGGAUCCCUAUGAGCUCCUUGGGAAGGCGUUCUCCGCGAGUCCUUCUCUUUGGGUCACGCCAGAAUACCUCAAACUGCAAGAGGCCCUAAACCUCACACAAUUCCAUGUUGACCAGGGUGCCUUAGGUCAUGAGCGUCGCAAGCCAACUACUAUCGCCUCAACUUUUGAAGAUUGGCCUGAGUGGUGUAGGAUGGUAAAGGGAGGAGGUUUCGGUUCAGGCGGAAAGAAGGUUGGUGACAGCGCGUUGUGGGCGAAGUGGGCACCUGGGUUGAUUGAGGCUGUUGAGCAGUAUUUGGCUUCGAUUGCUACCAAGUUUCGCCAGCAGGCUGCAAGGGAGACCGUGAAGGCUGCCAGGGCUAGACUCUCCAAACAAACUGUGACACAAACGCUUCAGGAUCAUGUAGCCGCGGGGCAUAUCCCCUACAACAAGGCCUGUUGGAGUUGUCUCAUGGGUCGCCUUAAGCAGCCUCCCCACUUUCGACAGCCAAUCACUGACUCGUAUGUCUUGUCUGUUGAUUUGUCUGGUCCGUUUGCUGAAGGCGUACAUGAAGGUGUCAGGGCUAGGUAUUUCUUGGCUGCCAAUCUGUCAGUCCCAUUUGAUGUGCAUGUUGCUGGGAGUGAGAAGCCGGUAGCCGACGAACCCGACGAGCCUGCACCAAGUGCAAGUGAAGAGCCAGCGGAGUGGGAACAAGCUGGUGAUUACGAGGAGCCUGACGCGGAGCACAAACAGGUUGGUGAGCUACUUCCAGAGGAAGGGGUUGACAAGGACAACUACCUGAGCAAGGUUCAGAUGGUAAACGUUCCUUUCGGGAUUCCGUUGAAGAACAAAGGGGCUCAGGAGGUCUUGAGGGCACUGAAGCUCAUUGAUGCUCGCGCGUCUUGUCUCGGGAUAAAAAUCGCUCGCCUUCACUCGGACAAGGGCGCUGAAUUUGAUAACCGCUUUGUUCGGGACUGGGCGGCGUCAAGGGGGAUUUGGAAGUCUUCAACUGGGGGAGACAAUUGGCGAUCGAAUGGCACUGCAGAAGCCUUAGUCGGCAUUCUCAAGGACUCUGUCCGAGUUCUCUUGCGGGAUGCAGGGCUUGGCCCACGGGACUGGCCUUACGCUUUGAGGCACGCAGCAGGGCGGUUGUUUCAGUCCAGGGUUAAAGCGCUGGGUUGGGAUCUUCCGCCUCUGGUUCCUUUUGGGGCAAAGGUGUUUGUUCAUCGCCGAACCUGGCAUUUGAAGAAGGAUGCUGACAAGGAAUGGGCUGCCAAGGCUGUUGAGGCUAGAGUUCUUGCGCCAGCAUUCGAGGUUGAUGGCGGGUAUCUUGUCCGAACAGUCAAGGAUGAAUUGUACAAUACCAGCUGUGUGUACGAAAACGUUGAAUACCUUGAUCCAGCUCGGUUUGUCAUCCCUGAGGAUAAGGCUACGGAAGCGGACAUCCUGAGGGUGAAAGUUUCGUGGGCGGGGCGUGUGGCGGUGAGUCAGCUGGGCCUUUUGAUGUCUCAGUGUAGGCGGCAUGCGGAUGUGAGUCAACCAACGCAAUUUGCUGACGAUGACUUUGUUGAUGACGCUGUAAGGCAUGCCGUAGUUCGAAAGAUCCUUGAGCUGGAGCAAACUAGCUGUGCCAAGGCUGGCGAAGAGCUGGUGUACAGUUUGUUGCCAGAUGCUGAGGUUCUGUGCACGCACACGGUGCCCUUGGUUGAGGUAGAGCGGUACUAUGGUCUUUGGAAGGAUGCUCUUGAAAAGGAGCUGCAUUCGAUGACACAUGAAAAGCAGGCUCUCAAGGUGAUUUCUGAGGAAGAGCUGACCAAGUACCAAGAAGCUGGAACGCGUGCCAUGGUCAUCCCAAGCAAGCUUGUGUGCACCAGAAAGAGUGGUGGUAGAUUCAAGGCCCGGCUAGUGGCGUGUGGCAACUACGUUGAUCUUCGUGGCAAGGACGGUGAGAAUCGGAGUGCAAGUGUGGACUUGUACGCCGGCGGGAUCGACGCGGCAGUGCUUAGACAGGUGUUGGCGCAUGCUGCCAAGAAAGGGUCAUGGUCAGCUGGCACUACUGACGUCUCUACGGCAUUUUUGAAUGCUGAGCUGUUAGAUCGCCAGAACCCGCUCACUAAGCCAGCUCCGCUCUCACAAGAGGUUCCGUCGGAAGUUGUUGUGCUCCGUCCGCCCUCGCUGUUGAUCAGGCAUGGUUUGUUGCCUGCGCGCAGCUUGAUGCUUGUCCAGCGGGCCGUAUAUGGCCUAGAUCAAUCCCCGCGUGACUGGGGCAUACGUCGCGACAAGGAUCUGCGCACGAUUCGCUUGAUGCUUGACACUUGUGAGUAUCGGCUUGUGAUGUCGGACGUUGACAACAACUUGUGGUUUUUGACCACCGGCCGUAAGUCGGAUCCUGUCGUGGCUUGCUUGAUGGUGUACGUGGAUGAUCUUCUCGCUACGGGACCGCUGGCGGUGAUCCGGCCGCUGCUUGAUGAGAUUUCAAAGCUCUGGCAGUGCGGCACUGUAUCUUUUCUGCCUGAGGACACGUCUGAGGUGCCCUUGGUAUUCUUUGGGUAUGAGAUCAGGCGAGUUGGUAGGAGCUUUCAUCUCAGCCAGAGGGACUACGUAAAGGAGCUUGCUACGAGGUAUCAUGAUCUUCCCGCUCCCUCUACGCCUCUUCCCCCAGGAACCUUGGACAUACCACUCGCAGAGGAGCAAUCAGCCAGCGACCUCAAACAGUGCCAGGCCAUGCUAGGAGAAGCUUUGUGGGUUAGCACGAGAACGCGGCCCGAUGUUUGCUUUGCGGUUUCUCGUCUUUCUCAGGCGAUGUCCAAGAAUGCAGCUGUAGUUAGGCCACUUUGCCUUCACUUGCUAGGAUACUUGUGCCGUACCAAAGACUUUGGCCUCCUGUAUACUGAUCAGUAUCCAGUUCAGGGUGAGCCAGGUUCGGUUGCUUCGGUCACUGGCAAGUAUGUUGUAGAGGCUCAAACGGACGCAGCAUUCGCGCCCACCUGUGAGAGAUCGCAUGAGGCCACAAUGGUGUACACUGAGGGUUCAUUGACGGGUUGGUUGUCAACUCGACAGCCAUUCGUAGCGUCUAGCACAGCUGAAGCCGAAUUGCUCUCUUUGACCACUGGCUUCUCGUACGGGAGGUCGCAGCGGUUCGUGAUUGAGGAGGUUGAGGGGUGCAAGAUAGAUUUAAGGGUUCUCAAUGAUAACCUUGCAGCUACCACGAUCUGCAACAGUCCGUCCACCAACUGGCGAACUCGCCACCUGAGGAUUCGGGCUGCCCAUUUGCGAGAGCAGAUCAGUGAAGGGGAGUGCUCAGUUUCUCAUGUUGAGGGUGCCAGAAACACUGCUGAUUUAGGAACUAAGGCACUCCAGCCUCAGAGGUUCGAGAUGCUUCGGGCCAUGAUGGGAGUUGUUAGCCUCUCAGAGGUCACUGCUCGUCCUGCAGCUGCCACUGUCUCGUCCGGUCCACCGGUUGAGGAAGCUCUUAGAGUCGUUGUCGCUGCACUUUGCGUGGCAUCAGUUAAGGGUCAACCGUUGAGUGAGGGUUCGGAUGAUUUUGGUUUUUGGAGACUCAUCUUGCUCUGGAGCGUGUUGGUGAUUCUUGUCUGGGAGAUCGUCAAGUGGGGCUGUCGGGUGAGCUGCCGGAGGUUCGUGUUACCGGACAUGCCUGAGCCAGACUCAGAAGCUUCCCAAUCUGAGCGGGAGCAGGAACCUGAUGACGAGGAUCUUUUGGUAGAAACUGAUAGGCCUCAGGUUACCGCUGAGCCUCUGGAUGAGGACCCUGGUGUGAUGCCAUUUCGGUACGCUGAUGAUGUCGUGUAUCUUGUUCCUCGUAGGCCCACGAUUGCCUAUCAUACUGAACCAGAGCAGCAGGUCCUAGAGCAGGCAGGGAUUAGAAGACGUCACGCUUUGAGAGUUUAUGCUCCCGAACCUGAUGAUGAGCCGUUGCCGCAAGUGAGAGGUGUCGGGUCCGAUGAUGUUCCUAGGGAAGCUGAGCGUGUCGUUAGGGUCUCCGACCUCGCGCCGCUGCCGAGUUUUCAGGAGGGGGGUCCGUUAAGGCGUCUGGUGGAAGCCAGGGAGCGGGCGGAGGUCCUGCAGGGGAUGUUGAACAUGCCCCCUAUGGUACCUAUCGUGCUUCACCCUUUUUGGCCUGCGCCACCACAGCUGACGGUGAGAGAGCUUCGGACAAUGGCAUCUGAGUGGGGUGGUCCUGCGAGUUCUCUGUAUCAAGAGCCACAUCCGGCUUACCACGGCGAUCAGUACAUCUACGUGCCCGAUGUGAGACCACGAGUGUUGGUGAGAUGGCAUAUGCGGCCGCGUGUGGGAUUGUUCCAUCCGGAACAGGCGCCUACGCCAAUUCCUCUCGGUGCUCUUACAGGACAGCGACGCACGCUGCAGGGAUUUGCCAAUGGGGACAGGGUCAUUUGGGAUGACCGCUUCACGAAUCCAGAUCCUGAGAGGCCACAUGAAAAUCUGUGGAGAGGACGCACAGAGCUGGAAGUAGACCCAGAUGAACUGGCGAGACUCCAAGGGGGAAAUGAGGACUCCGAUUAG